AAAAAAAGAGGGGAGAGGAAAAAAGUUGGAUCUGAUUUGCUGGAAUCGCGCAGGACCGACUGAAGGUGGAAGCGCUCGGUUUCAUAUCAGCUCUGGCUGGAAGCUUUUAGCAGGGGGCGAACCGUCCCGGCACUCUGCGCCCUGCGAAGCUCCGCGCAGAGAGAGAGAGAGAGACAGAGAGAGACAGAGAGAGAGAGAGAGAGAGAGACAGAGAGAAAGAGAGAGAGAGAAAGGGAACACGUCGUAGCGGCGGAGCACGCACAGCUCCAAGUUGCUUCUCCUUCUACUUUUACAUGCCAGCUCCUGCGUAUUAAAAACACAAAACCUUUUUUUUUUCCCCCUCCGCGGUGGCGACAAUCUUUGGAUCGAGACUCUUCAUGGAUAUUCUUGGAUAAUUUCCCUUCGGAUUGCUGCUCCACACGCGUACACACACACACACACACACACACAUACGCGCACACACACCGUCUCUCUUCUUGCAUGGUGCGCACCGAUCGGUCCAGGACGAUGGAGUGAUCGGAGGAAUAAGUCCACCUACAAUCACUUUUUCUUUCUCUGUGUGCUCAGCGCCGUCUCGACAUGUAUUCUCCGAUUUGUCUAACUCAGGAUGAAUUUCAUCCCUUCAUCGAGGCGCUUCUCCCUCACGUCCGUGCCAUCGCCUACACGUGGUUCAACCUGCAGGCCCGAAAGCGCAAGUACUUCAAGAAGCACGAGAAGCGGAUGUCCAAGGACGAGGAGCGUGCCGUGAAGGAUGAGCUCCUGGGUGAGAAGCCUGAGGUCAAGCAGAAGUGGGCCUCCAGGCUGCUGGCCAAGCUGCGGAAGGACAUUCGGCAGGAGUACCGGGAGGACUUCGUCCUCAGCGUGACGGGCAAGAAGCCGCCGUGCUGCGUUCUGUCCAACCCGGACCAGAAGGGCAAGAUCCGCCGGAUCGACUGCUUGCGGCAGGCCGACAAAGUCUGGCGCCUGGACCUGGUGAUGGUCAUCCUCUUCAAGGGCAUCCCUCUGGAAAGUACGGACGGCGAGCGGCUCGUCAAGUCUCCACAUUGCACCAACCCAGCACUUUGUGUCCAGCCUCACCACAUAACAGUAUCGGUCAAGGAGCUGGACUUGUUUCUAGCAUACUAUGUCCAGGACCAAGACUCGCAGCAGUCAGGAAGUCCGAGUAACAAUGAGCCAGGCAAAACCCCUCUUCCAGUGUAUUUGGAAGACAGCUUCAUCAAAUCAGGAGUUUUCAGUGUCACGGAGCUGGUGCGAGUGUCUAGGAUGCCGAUCACCCACGGCGCAGCGGUACCCUUCUCCAUGGCGGACAUGCCCAGCCAGCCCUACUAUCAUGACCUGAACUCCAGCGUGGCACUACAACGCUCCCUGUCCUCCCCGCCUGGCAGCAAAAGGCCCAAAACCAACAUGGAGGAGAACAUGGAUACAAGCCCGACGGGACCCGACUUCUACUCGUCACCCAGCUCACCAGCCAGCAGCCGGGCGAACUGGCACGACAGAGACGGAGCAGAGAUGUCCUCUCCCACAAUGAAGAAGCCAGAAAAGCCACUGUUCAGCCCCACUUCCCCGCAGGACUCCUCACCGCGACUCAGCACUUUCUCUCAGCCUCACCACCCGGGCCUAUCAGGUGUGGGACACAGUGUUAUAUCAUCGAGGAGCCCCCCUUCACACUCGCCCCUGCAGUUCUCAGCCUCGGCCAUCCUGCCUCCGGCGCCGUCGUCCUACUUCUCGCACCCCACCAUACGCUACCCGCCUCACCUCAACCCCGCCGAUCCCCUCAAGAGCUACGUGCCGUCGUACGACCCGUCCAGCCCACAGAGCAGCCAGCCUAACAGCAGUGGUCAGGGGGUUGGGAAGGUCCCAGGCCACUUCACCCCGGUUUUGGCUCCAUCCCCACACCACGGCCCGGUGCGACCCGUCACUCUUUCCAUGCCCGACACCAAGCCCAUCACCACAUCAACAGAAGGCUACUCAACUCCUGGCACACCAACGUCUAAUCGUUUUGUAGGCCUGAGCCCUAGAGAUCCCGCCUUUCUCCACCAGCAACAGCUGAGGAAGUGUGACUGGAGCGUGACUCAAAACGGCAGGCAUUAUGGCCCCAGUGCCACUGACGACACUUUGGGGAUUGCUUGGCAAAGUCCUGGUACCUGGGCGAGCUUAGUUCCAUUCCAAGUGUCGAACGGGACUCCGAUUCUGCCAACAAAUGUCCACCAGAACUACAGCAUAAACAUCAUUGGUGAACCGCUGGUCCCCGCCGAGUCCGGGAACUGAGCUCAUCGAGGCUUGACCCACCUCUGCCCUCCCCCCACCCAGGGUGGAAGUGUGGGGCAGAGCUAGCACUACAGGUGUCUGCAGCCAUGGAUGAAACCAGCAAAGCAGCAGGUGCUGCAUAAACCCCCUCCUCAUCAAUCUCCUCACCUUCGACCUCCCGACCCCCUCAGUCUCACCUCUUCCACCUCCCUGCUCCCACUCCUCCUCCUCAUCCUGAUGAUGAUGAUGAUGGACAAUGGCCCUGAAGUAAAGAUGAUGAGUGGACGGCUCAGAGGAAAGAAGAAAAGCUUCAGGUCUGAUGUCUCCUCGCACACAUCCACCCACCCACCAGUCAGUUGUUGCGUUUGCAGAACUUUUUUCAAUCCAUCUGAAUACUGUGAUGUAUAGAUGCCUUAAUGUUUAAUUGCAUGACACUCUAGACUCCUGGCAGUAAUUCCUACUUAUUGUUCAACGUCAGAGGAAGGUGAAAACCAUUUUGAACGCCUCGCAACACACACACACACACACACACAGUCAACCGAGGGGGGGUCUGCAGAUACAUCCCUGCCUGGUGGAUGGCUAAGAGACUCUGAACGAACGAACGAUUCACUGUGUACACCGUAGGAACAAAAAAAAAAAAAAAAAAAAAAUUGUGAAUUCAGAGUGUUUUUUUUUUCUUCCGUUUGAUUUCAGUUUACUGUGAUACGACUCUUUGUUUUUAAGGAAAAAAAAAUGUGUUGACUUUGUUUCUUUACUGCUACUUAUUUCAAGAACUAAUGUAAACACUUAUGGGGAGAGUUGAGAACUCUCGAUGCAGUUUUUUUUAAAAAAAAAAAAACACUAAAUGCUAACAGCUUGACAUUGGACCCCUCCUAAAAAAAGAAGAAGAAAAACGACUCGCAAGUCCUUUUCAAAAGGAAUGUAAUAAUAAAAGAGGAAGAAAAAAAGAAAAAAUUUGCGACAGAGGCAAGUGCAAUUGAAUUUUUUUUGAAGGGAAGCUAUCAGUCUGACUGCCCUAAGACUCUAAAGGAAGGGGGAUAGUUAUUAAAUGUUUAAGAAUAUGAUUUCAGCCACAUAUCCAUCUCUUCGCAUGAGUAAAAAGUGUGAAAGGCAGUUUGAAGACAAGCAUAAAGCUACCUGUGCAACAGAAAAAAAAAAAACAGCACUUAAUCUGAUCUGAGCACUUCCCAUCACGAUGGGCAAUUUCUUUUUUCUUAAACAAUCUAAAAUAAGUCGAGAAAUUACACACACAAAGUGUGCGUGAAAGAGACAUUUUGUUUCAAUUAAAAAGUAUUUGGCCGUCAGCUUAUAAAGCUUAUGUGUACAGUUAUUAUCCAUGCAAAUGUACUGUAAUCUUCAUGGGUAAAGCUACAGCUUGUGCAAGGCAAACUCUAAAGUGGAAGAGGGUGAAAACUGAAAUUAUGAAUCCAGGUGGUGGCAUAUCCCCGAAAUCAAGAUCUCUGCAUGGCAAUCCCGCAGCUGUUGCCCCUCCAGUCCAGACAACACACACACGCAUAUAUAUAUAUAUAUAUAUAUAUACACACACACACGAGAAAAAAAAAUCUCUCCGAUACUCCUAAUUUUGCACGACGACAUAUAGUCCACAUUACGUGCCUUGCCUUUGAAUAUAGAGACGUCACUACAGUUGUUUUUGCUGCAUUUAUCAUUAUAGAGAGAGAAAAAAAAUUAACAUUUUUAUGAUAAGAAUUGUUUUGUACUUUGAAUGAAAUUGUUGAUUUUUAACUUCAUGUACUACUCUAUCUCACAGUUACAUUGCAUAUCAAGGCUGUGUAUAGUUGCUGUUUUAAAGUUUGUAAUCUACCAGCAUUUGGUUUUUUUCCAGUAUUUUGGUGGUUUUUCUGAUAACCUUUCAUCUUUUUGUUUUCUCUCUUAUCUUCAAUGCUCAUUUUCUUCAUCUUCCCGUUACUAUUGUGGAGGGUGGAAUUCAGAAAUAUGAAAAUUAUGCAAUACCAAGUUUUGCCUAUGUAGGUAGUGCUUAUAGAUGUGUCAAUUAUUAGAGGCUAGUUUGGAGAUAGAAAAUAUGGUAAUGCAUUUAUUUUGUUGAUGUUGUUGUCCGUCGCUGUUGUUGUUGAUGAUGUUGUUGUUGUUGUUGUUGUGGGUGUUUCCUUUUUUUUUUUUUUUUUAUUGACCAAAGUGGGGACUGCUUUCUAUGCAGUGUAAGGCAAGGUCUGAUUUUUUUUUCUCCAGCAUCUACCGAAUGACAGUCAGACAUGUUUCAGUGUAAUAUAUUUUUUUGGAAAAGGGUGAAUUUUUUUAGAAGUAUGUAUAAAAAACAUAAGAAUUCAUCCUAUGUAGGUCUUACUACGGCUGCAAAGUCACUAAUUAGUCUGCUGUGACUAGGCAUGGGUCGGUUAGCCAUAUCGAGCUACUUGAAGUUUUUAAAGAUUUUCACUCACCGCUUUUGAAAGUUUGAAACGUCUUUAACAAGAAAUAAAAUCAGUUUUUCUCCAUCUGUAAGAAGCAGCACUGUCGCUAUCCCUUCACAGCUGGUUAGCUACAGUGACGUGCGGUGAGGUUCAUAGCUGGUGAGGCACUGACGUCAUCAGAAUCAGAUUUGCAAAUAGAUGCAUAGAUUGACAGCAGUUUACAGGUUAUGUUUCACUUCUGCAUCCUUACACAUAAACUGUAGCUCACAAAACACACAUUUCCUUAAAAAACAAAACAAAAUAAAUGUAAGCAGGUAAGACAUUACUGUCUUACCUGCUUCGAUUGAAAGUCCACUUGAGAAAACUUUUUUAGUGUUGUAAUGUAGUCAUCCAUGUCGAAAGUCGGGAUAAGCGAGAGGAAA